AAAACCCCGCAAGCACUUUGACGUGUUUGACAUUUCACUUAUUGACAUUUUACAUAUUGACAAACAUUCAAUUAUUUUAAAACAAUCUCGAAAUCCACGUAAAUCAACAAUUAUCGAAAUGUUGUGCUAAUAAAGUCAGUGUUCUGCCUCAACUUGCUCAAUGCACUAACGCAAUAAACCCAGAAACCAGCCAGUUGACAUCAUCAAGAAUUUCUUUGUUGAGGUAGAAAAAUGCCACACAGACGCGAAUACAGACGUCCCGCAACAAGUAGUUUCACCUACGUCAGUUCUUGUGUCAAAUACUUAAUAUUCGUCUUAAAUUUCAUAUUUUGGCUGUUUGGGGGCUUACUCAUCGGAAUCGGCUUGUACGCCUUCGUGGACAAAUGGCAGUUGACGGGCUCCGUCAAACUCGAAAACGUCUACGACGUGAUUUUGAAUGUAUCUCUAAUUAUGGUAUUAAUGGGCGGGGUUGUCUUCAUUGUGAGCUUCGCGGGAUGUGUGGGGGCCCUGCGGGAAAACACCUGUCUACUCAAAUUUUACUCGUUAUGUCUUUUGAUCUUCUUUCUACUCGAGAUGGGUAUAGCAAUAAUGGCGUUCAUUUUUCCACACACCAUGCAGUCCGUGUUGGAGGAGAAUUUCACAGAUAAAAUCAUUCAUACGUACAGAGAUGACCCAGAUUUGCAGAAUUUAAUUGACUUUGCUCAACAGGAAUUCCGGUGCUGUGGCCUCAGUUCUGAGGGUUAUUUGGAUUGGUCCAAAAACGAGUAUUUUAACUGCACGUCUCCAAGCGUGGAGCGCUGUGGAGUGCCAUUCUCAUGCUGUGUUAACGCCACUGACAUUAGUUCAGGGCUAGUCAAUAUAAUGUGUGGUUACGGCGUCCAAACGUCAUCUGUGGCUGAAGCCAGCAAGAAAGUUUGGACGUCUGGGUGUAUAGAGAUCGUGCGCUCGUGGGCAGAGCGGAAUCUGUACACCAUCGCUGGGAUAGCUCUUGGCAUCGCCUUAUCUCAGUUGUUUGUGAUCUAUCUCGCCAAAACGUUGGAAGGACAGAUAGAUUUGCAAAAGUCCAGGUGGGCUAGUUGAAACAUAGGGUAUAUCUGUAAAUAUGACGUACUGCCAUUUUAAAGUGUACUGUCCUUUUCAGUGUUUUUUAGUGUAGAUGUAAUUCGUAUUUUUGUAAGUAUAUUGUAUGUUCUGCAUCUGUAAGACUUGUUGCAUUGGGUUGUCCACCUUGCCAAGAGUUCUAGUUUAUUUUAGCUUUUGUUAGUUUACGCUCACGAAAUCUCAAAAACCAUGACGCUCAAAGUUGUAGAAUGAUCAAAAUGCUGGUGAGGGUUUGAUAUUAGCGUAUUGGUAACGUGUCCACCAGAUGUGGUGCUGAAGAAAUUUUGAAUGUAACAAAUUUACGUUAUUUUUCAGAUUUGCAACCAUGACUUACAGUAGGGUAGCAACUAACGACUACCAUGAUUAUUAUAAUUACUGAACAAACAUAAUGAUUGUGAUCUAUUCAUUCAAAUUAAUAACUAGAAUAUUAUAUUUGAUAAAUUGUAUAAAUUCCAGUUUUUAUUAACAUAGUUGUUACAUAAAGUUGUAUUAGUGUACGAGAAAAUAUCUUUAUAAAAUAAAUUUCUACCUUGCA